AUCUUUUUAUUUCGAGAUUUGAAAAUGAACUAAAUAUGGGACAUUUUGGGUGUCCCUGAACGGUCAGUAUGGGACAGGGGACAAAAUUAUCAAAUAUGGGCCAUGUCCCGUAUAUAAGGAACGUUUGGCCACCCUAACCUUGAUAUACAAAAAACCGGAUGGUUGCAGCUGGAGCCCUUUUGAAAAUAAGUAUGAGGCAGGAACCAAAGAAGGAGGCUGCUUCGUAGUUGCGCGUCAUGCUAGAAAUAACUGUUACAUCUUCAAAUCAUACCAAACCAUUAUAAAAGCAGCAAUACGGAGGCUAAUGUAGCUAGGAAUACAUUAAAUAAUGUAGCUGUAAGUUGAAAAAAAUAAAUAAAUAAACAGGACAGUCAAGUCCGAAAUGUCUUUGAUCAUAGUUCUGUAGCAUCAGGGCUGACCUGGAACCCAACAAUAACAGAAAGCUGUAAUGAUCACGACUGGAACGUUUUUGAUCAUAAAUCUGCUAGAUUAGGGCUGAUAUGCAUUGGAAACAUAAAAUGAAAAUAAAUACAAAAACAACGACUCCAGACUAGAAAGAACAGCCACAACAAUGACAACUGACAAGAUUGCUGACGGAACCGGAAGUGAAAUUUAUAAAUCAGCAACAUUUGACGUUGUGCCUUUGUUGUUUUUAACUCAUCGCUUAUCAUAGAUACUCUGAUAGUCCUGAAUGUAGAUACUCCUAUAUAAAUUGAAACUCCUGGACAAACCUUUAAAGUAACUUCUAGCUCAUGUUCUAUAUUUUUUAAGAUAAGGUUGGAAGAAAGGUGCUUUACUCCAAGAACAAGAUAAGAAUUCUCAACUCUCUGGCCCCCAAAAUUAUCAUCUAUUCACUGGAUCAUUGCAGCUUCCCUCAAACAUGUUUAUCCUUUGAAAGAUACAGUACAGCUUGUAGUAUGCUGGUAAGAGCUAAGCAGUCUGAAAAGCACUUUAAAAUUGAAUAAUUGAUUCCAUAUUAUUAAGAUCAAUCUAAAAUCUGGAGGCUGGACCCAUCCUCUGAAACUUCAUCAUAUCCUUUUUUUUUUGUCUUUACUGCAUUUUGUUUUUAAGUUAUUUCCUUUCUUUUUCUUCUUUUCUCUUUUUUUUUCAAUCAUUCUUUAACUAUGGAAAAUCAGCAGUUUUCUUAUGAGUUUUUGCAAAAGUUAUUAAAAUGUAAAGCUAAAAUGCUCUCUGGUGGGAAAAAAUUUACUUGUGAAACAUGCGGUAAAACAUUUCCUGAGAAUGUACAGCUUGUACGUCAUGUGCGGAUUCAUACAGGAGAAAGGCCAUAUAAAUGCGAACACUGUGACAAAACAUUCACUGAAAAGAUUAACUUGACCAGACAUAUUUUUACACACACUGGAGAGAAACCAUACAAUUGUGAGUAUUGUGGAAAGGCAUUUUCUCAGCGUUUUACCCUAUCUAAGCACAUUCUUACACACACUGGAGAGAAGCCAUACCACUGUGAAUAUUGUGGUAAAACAUUUUCUCAAAGUUCUACCUUGUCUAAACACAUCCUUACACACACCGGAGAGAAGCCUUAUCAUUGUGAAUACUGUGAAAAAUCAUUUUCACAAAGUGGUCAUCUUUCCCAACACAGACUCACUCAUUUAAAACCAAAAUCUUAUGACUGUGAACAUUGUGACAAAAAGUUCUCAAUGAAUUCCACUUUAGUAAUUCACAGGCGUUUGCACACUGGAGAACGCCCUUAUAGUUGUGAUUGUUGUGAGAAAAGCUUUAUGUCAAGCACUGCUCUCAAAAUACACCAGAAGAUCCACAAACCAAAGAAACCUGUAGAAAGUGAACAUUGAUCCAUCUCAUUUGAUUGAAACAGUAACUUUUUGUUGCAUUGGUAAAUCCUGUUAGAGAUAAAAACACAUCUCAUUGUGAUUAUUAUCUCCUCAUUUGUAUCAAAUAAUCUUAUUAAGUAAGCAUCUGAAGAUAUUUUCUAAUGCUAUUGUGUCCAAUGUGAAAGAAAGGGGAUUUAAAAAAACUCAGGAUAAAGACACAGCAUCUACUGGCCCUGACAUCUAUUCUUUUAAAUUUGUUUUUUAACCCUACUGUGACCCAAUUUCUAAUGUAACACACAGACUGUGUUUCAGUUCACUUUAGUGAAAUAGGUAUUUCAUUUAUGAAAUAGUGUUUGGAAUGUAACUUAAAAUACUCUUAGAUAAAUUCAAUAUAAUUUAAACAUCAGUGAUUUUUUUUUUUUGAUAAAACCAAAGGCAAGUUGGUAUCAAAAUUUUUUGAAGAAACAAAUAUGCUUAGAAUUUCCACUUGAAGAUAACUAUUCUGAGUUAACUAUUCUACAAUUGAGUCAAUCAACUUUCCUCCAUGUAUAAGAAUAAUUUUUGUUACCAUGUUUCUAUUGAAAUAUGCUGUCUUUGCAUCGAUGAAAAUAAUGAUGAAUUUCAGAAAUAACUUAUUUAUUUAUUGAGCUGGGGUUUGGAACACAGAUUAACAUGAAAUUUUAAUGGAAGGUUUUCAUUUUGAUCACCUUAAAACAGGAAGUUUGUGUCAUAGAACUAGGGAUAGUCUUGGGUGGAUUGAUAACGAAAAGGGUUAAUUAGCACUUAUAUACUUCUGUCUUCAUCUCACAUCAGUCAUAUGACACUGUCCUAUUGGGACUGAUAUGAGCCCUCAUAAUAAUAAUAAUAAGGGCAGCAAUUUUGGGGAGGGGAUAAGUUGAUUACAUUGACCUCAGUGUUUCACUGGUAUUUAAUUUAUCGACCCUGAAAGGGUGAAAGGUAAAAAUGACAUUGACAGAAUUUGAACUCAGAAUGUAGUGACAGGUGAAAUACCGCUAAGCAUUUCGUCUAGCAUGCUAAUGAUUCUCCCAGCUUGAUGCCUUAAUAAUAAUAAUAAGAAGAAGAGAAAUGGUUGAAUGAGAUUGGAAUAGAAUGUCCUGUAGAGCUUCUGCAGAAAGUUUGCCUCUUAGGGACAAGACAGAUUAUCUGAAGGAUCUUGUGAAUAUCUAAUGUUAUAGGUAGUAACCCACUACCCACAUAAAUUCUACCAGGAAUAAGAAUGAACCUGAUUCAAAUCAACAAUAAUAAUAAUAAUAAAGUAGGAUCAUUAUGUACCAGCAGAAGAAACAAGCUAUAUCAACACCAUAAUUUGAUUGUUAUUUCCCAUUGUACACAUGAAAUUUAAUACUUUCAUGUGUAAGUAGAGGUAUAGUUGACCAAAUCACCUCCCCCCCACCUUCCAUUUUGUUACUGUUAACUGUUUUACAACAUAUAUUAGAUUUACAACAAAAUACUAGAUCAUGUCAUAGUAAACAUCUAGUCCUCCUCCUACUCCCUCAAUCUGCACCAAAUUCACUACAUUAUGUCUGACAUAAUUGAAACUAAAAAGAAAAGGAAAAAAACUGCAAUAAAAUGCUUCUUUUGAUAUA